UUCACCAAAAAGAUGGCGCUUCUGAUGACUGGUCGAUUAUAUGUGAACUGGUAGACGACAUACUCUAAGGUGGUGAUUGGAAGGUGGUAGUCAAAGCUAGACAGGAUCCAGAUAUCGGUCGAAAAGAAGAAAAGCAAAUCAAAACACGAAUCGAAGAUCCGAACCUAAGACGUGCGAAGAAAGUCGACUUCAAACGUGGAAACUUCAAUGCGUGCAAUGAUCGAAAUCGUGAUCGAAGUCGACCUUGAGUCUGAAACUUGCUGUUUGAUGAUGAAGUAGAAAGUUGAAGUUGUUGAACGAAAGGUUGUGUAUGAAGUUGUUGAACAUUUCACUUGGAGAAACAUAGAUCGAAAGUAAAAGAGCCUCAACAAAUCCUCACACAACCCAGCCAAACUUAGGAUUGUAAAUCACUUGGUAAGCCCGUCGGCCUAGGUGUAUAUCAUAUGAAUUGUUAAUUGAUCUCCGAUAUUGAAACAUAACAUCCUUUGCAAACAUAGUUAUAUCCAAAACUAGAACCACAUAUAGUUGAACACCGUCCAACCAUAAGAUAAGAACUAAACAAGAUAGUUAGAACGUAACUAGUCCGUAGUGAUCAUUUGAAACAUACCUUGUUUGUACUAUUGUUGCUGACGCCUCCGCGCAGCUGUAAGCGUAACUGUUGACGCCUUCGCGCAGCAAAGGGUUAGUCACUGACGCCUCCGCGCAGUGUUGUUAGUAGUAGUUCGAACCACGAAGAACAGUUACAUAGUUGAGCCCAGACCUUCGUCGGGACUUAAACACGACACACCAAAGUGACGUUUUGGAAAGACAUAAACGAACCACAAAGACUUUGAGUUGUUUAAGGUUAGGCCUCCGCCAACCCUUUUCCACACCGUGAGUUACAAGUAGGUUAGACCUUCGUCAACCGAACAAAUCAAAGUUGUAGUUGUUGAGUCCAAAGGAGUGGCUACCAACGAUAGUGCAGGUCCUCGAGACUCGGUGUUCUGUAUCUAGCUUCCCGCCUUCCAAGAUCCCGAGCAGAGUAUCGCUCAGCCACUUUUACUUAACCAAGUGGUGGAGAACGGGUGAUGGACGGUUAGCUGAUACAGUAACUAACGGAAAGUAGACUAGUAAAGUUUAACAUGCAGCUAGGGUUCAAAGCACCGAUUGAAGAAGUUGGGUACGAUUUAUCAGAAGGUUUUAGAGUUGCUGCGUUGUGCAACGAGCUUGAAUCAUUGCGCGAAUUAUUGGAAAUAUUUUUUGGCUCUGUGCGUCCGGCAAGGGCUCACUUUGGACCUUCGCUAGAAGAAAUCCAAGAGCUAGGCGCACAGACCCCAAAAGGGGUUCGUGUUUUGGUAAAGAAAACCAACUUGGGAUUAUACGACCGAAUAGAUACGAUCGAGAAUAAAUUAGAAGACAUUGGUUAUUGUUGUGCUGAACUCCUCGCACUGAAAAGGGAACAGCUUUUGUUAGACGGACGCCUCGCCGUGUCUGGCUUACACACUUCUGUUACAGCCGCCCGAAUCUCAGUGCAACAACUGGUCGGAGAGUAUACCUUUGGCGAUCGUUUAGAAUAUAAUACUUGUUCGUUCGCAGCGGAAAAAUUGUCCGAAUUGUUUAAACAUACCCUUAGUUCUUCCAGGUCCUUGAUCUGGACCGAGAUCCAAACUAACGGGACCGCUUGUCGCGACUAUUUUAGAUCUCCCGGUGGGCUGUAUUUAGAAUAUUUCCAAUUUGCGGGUGGUAGCGUCGUUGAUCGUAACGUUGACCUCGUGCCAACCAAUCGACCCGAGUACCUCCGUGUUAAACGUGAACAACUUUUGAACGAAGGAUAUAAGAAAGUUAAUAUCAAUCAGAUCGUCCGCGAGAGCCGAUUCUUUGGAUUAAAACGUGGUCCUAGAUCCACGACACUUAACGGAGCACACGAAGUGCUUUUGAAGGUUUUCCCUACCUUUGUUAUUGAUCAUAUACGGGCUGUCCCCCGGUCUCUCUGGGCUUCAUCGGAAUAAAGAAGUAAAGGAAGAAAAGUAGAUAACCCUUACUAGACGGUUGGACGGUAUAACGAAUAGAGAACAAUAUGAUUAGCUUAAAACAUGGAACGCUCGCGGUAUAAGAUUGCCUUCGUGGGUGAGUCGAUUCCUGAGAAACUUGACGACGCUAUCCAUCGAGUUAAUCGCGCGCUGCGGAAAGGAACAGUGCAAGUAGUGAAGAAAACAACAAUUGAGACCGUUGUUGCUGAUCCAAUUGCUGAAUCUAGUGGCUCCGAGAGCCCUCAAGCCACUUCGCGUGCCGCAACUCGUCGCGUGUCGGUGCCCAGUUCCGAAGAACCGACGAUUGGGAAAACCCGAGGAGCAAGGCUUGACAGUUCGACUGGCCUUUCGGUUUCAGUACAAGAGGCGGAGCUAACGCAAGGUGCACAACCCGUUUCGUUAACGAAAACUCAGAAACGAAACGCAGCAAAGCGACGUGCGUUGCGCAAACAAGUACUUGUAGAACUCCAAGCUGGGGCGAGUGGUUCGAAACCUCCGCUGAGUGACCUGAACCACUUGCGAAACGCUGCGGGACCGUGCUCUGGUUCUGUUGGUAAAGAGGAACGGCCACCGUGUCGUUCUGAAUACCGAAGAAAGAACGAGGCACCGCGUCUAGCGGACGUUUUAGUUGGUUCGGAGGCCCCACGAACAACGGGAGCGUGUUCUUCGCGAACAUAUUUCAAGACCAAUCCGCCAGCAAGGACGACGGGAAGUUGUUCAAACGUUGUUCUUUCGCGACCACCGCGCAAUCUGAAUUGCCGCUCGGUGUCAGUCCAGAAUCCCCGGUUUGACCGCCCCCGACCUGGAUUGCUGAUCCUGAAACGAGACAAUUCCCGCAGGUCGCCUGAACGAGAGCGUAGCCCUCGCCGUCGGGCCGAGAAACUUGAUCGACGUUCAAUAUCGAUCCCUCGACCGAAAUUUCCAGCUCCGAGUUCGGAGAUAGGUGCUGAACAACGACCCCAAAAAGGAGUUUCCCUCAAACCGCGAACCGGUGCGGUGCAGGUAAAGAGGCCUUCUUCGCUUUCGUUGUCUAGUUCAGAAGAGCCUGUAGUUGCUCCACCAGCACGAACGACGGUUCCUGAAGCCUCGGAACGCGUUCACCGUCGUCGAUCUCCUGCAUUACCUCGAGGCCGACCUGAUCGCAUCAUUAAGCGGACCGACCGCUCUACUGGGGUGGUGAACCGAGAACCUCCUAUCCUCCGUUCUCCGAACGACGUGGUCCAAACCACUCGCGAAAUCCUCCAAAAGAAAACGAGUGAGGAGACGAACCAGGAACGGGAGAUACCUCCAAGAAGGGGUCCAGCGGUCAAUGAGACCACAUCGGCAAAUUCGAGUUGAGUAUCUGGCGGGACCGAACAACGACCGAGCGGUGGUUUUUGAACAAAUUUCCCAAAGCUCCCUCGUUGCCCCACUCCGAACCCGCGGCAUCAGGCUAGUUCGGAGCAAGAGAGUAGUUACGCUUUCGUUCGAAAGACAGCUCGGGUUUCAGAUCUUGCCUUUGUGCUACCAGAAAGCCGGACUGACGUAUAACCGCUCCGGGGCCUUGUUGGCAACGAGCGGGCAGAAAGAGCCUGACCUCAACUUAGUUCCUAACGAAAUCACGCCGUUCUUGCGCUGGAACGGCCAAUAUACCUGGUCGGGUGUUGUCGAAGCCGGUCGACACAAGCUCGAUAUCUCGACUUGGAGUUACGAGGCGGUCCGAGUUGAUAAUUGGGUUUCUGUGUGGGAUCCGGAAGAAACACGUUUCUGCCAAUUGCAUCGACUUCGAGUUGGAAGGGAUUACCUCCUUGAGAGUGCGGACGACCCUGAAAGGAUCCUGAACUCUAUUUUUGGACCUCCUCCCGCCCCUGUUAUUUCGGAUAGAGAGUGGUCUGAACUUGGUCGACCUCAUGAGCUCCAGUGGCUUCCGCCCCUCCGGGUCCCCGAAGGACCGCGGGCGAGUUGUUCGCCCAAAGGGACCGGCAAUGGAACCUGACUUGAGCUCUGCAAGAGAAGGUGUUCCACCGGUGGCUCCGUUUGUCCGCGCUGCCCCUAACUCCGGUUCUAGUGGUGCCCCCCGUGCCUUGAGCCAGAAGUUUGAUAGUUUUGGAAAUAUUGUGUUCAAUUGGAAAGAUCCGCGGCAAGGUCUGUGGAAACUCGAUGGUGCAGACGUUUUCCUCCAAAAGGUCAUUUACCGUGGGUCGACGAGCGUCUUUUACGGGUACUGGAAAGACGAAAGUGGACAGACCAGCCAAGGCUUCCUUGGUAUGUCUCGCGGUGACCUCGGGCGGUGGAGUUCUGAACUUCGGGCUACCAGUGCCGAUGUUUUACAAGCGGAACUGAACAUUGAUAGUGUCACGACUGAUGAGUUGUUGCAACGCCCUGACGUCGACCCUUCAAGCUGCUUUGUUACACGCGGCCACGAGUUACCUGGAAAUACGAAACGUGUCAUGAACAGUGCGAACACAUUGUUGGAAAGACAUUGUGUGACCACCUCAACGGUGGGACGUUCGUCGAUACUUUCGCCUCCUCCUGAAAUCCGAGCAGAUGAAGCGGCUGGGUCCGGCUCGUCUUCAAGUUCUCGACAGGUUGCACCUGCGGUGGUUCCUCUCCGAGUUUCGUCUUGCUCCGGGGUUGCGAUCGGGGCUUCGCAAGACAGCGUUGAACAGGACGGACAUGCUACCCUUGAAGAGCGUGAGCUGAGUGGUCUGCCUGUGAUGAGAACGACUGAGACCUCGAGAAAAGUUUCGGCACCCUCUCCAGAAACGGUCGGAGACGAAGUCUUUGGUGCCGACCCACAGAUUGAUCAGGUGCCGCCUCCUCCAGAAGACACUGACGAGGACUCUGUUUCGGGGCUGUUGUCUCAACCUGUUGCUUCUGAAAGCCCGGCUGAACUGCGAGUUUCUUUGGAGUCUCAAGUUGAAACACCGGAUGACUUUGUCAUCUUAAAACCCUCUUUGGAUGGUUCAACUCCUGAUCUCACCGAUAUGUCUGAUUCAAGGAACGAGUCGGGAGGUAGCCCUGAGCAAGCGGACCUGUCCACUCAGCUUGAAUCUCAACGUUGCGGAAUCGAAGAAAGAACUGCGGGCGGUUUGCUAAAUGAUGGUCUGUCUGUCGUGCCUCCCCCACCUGCUUUUGGCCUGAAUGUUUCGGGGGACGUUUCAAUGGACGUCCUUGAACCUGGUUGCGGGGGUACAGUACCUGCCAUGUAUGAAUACCGGGGACGUCGGCGAAGUUAUGCAGCCCCGAUGCUCCGAACCCGCGAAGUCAGUCCAUAUGGAAAGCCUUUGGUUCGAUCCGCUUCUGCGGUGCCCAUUCUGGACGAACCCACGCCCACGAGUGGAGCUCGGGUCCGCCAAUUGUUGCGGGACAUUUCUCGGUAUGAAUCCCUGGCGUCGAACCUCCGGGCGGAGAUCGCCCGUUUCAGGGACGAACGAGUGCGAUUUUCCCGAUUCCAAACGGUGUUGCAGGACAGGUUGAAUGCGGCCGAAGGCGAGAAAGUCCGAUUGAAGUGGUCGGUCCGCCGUGCGGAAGAAGGGCUUGAGGACGUCCGUUUAGAGCUUGAACGUGCACGAGAAAAGGUUCGUAGUGCUGAUCACUUGCAUUUGGAACAUGGACGUCGCAUUGUUGGACUCGAGACGGAACUGCAAGAAGCUCUAAAUAAGGCGUCUGAGCAAGAAGCUAAAUACGAUCGUCGAAACACGGAUUAUAUCGCGCUUUCCAAAGAAGUUGAUAGACUGCGGUCGUUGGUCGGACCGACGACCGUGACCGGGGCGCCCACCGACGCUGAAACCGAGUUGAUAGCGAGGGCCGAGCAAGCUGAGACGCGCGUUCGGGAGUUGAUGGAAGAGUUAAAGUCGGAGCGGAUGCUCUCGACCUCCUACACGAACGAAAUCGAGCGGCUUAUGCAGACGAACCAAUCUAUGACUGCCAAGUUGACAGCGGAUGGAGAUCACCAAACCGAAUGCGCUCGACUGAGAAUAGAGCUCCAAACGAAACAAAAGUUCUGGGUUGAUAAACACGCUGACCUCUCAACGCAACUUGCCGAACUCGCCAACACGGCUUCACUGGUUCCUGAACUGCAAGAACGGAAUCGGAAGUUGCACGAACAAAACCAGGAGUUAGCUGAAGAUUUGAAAGCGAGCGAAGAACAGGCUGCAGCUUCGGCUUGGGAGCUCGCGAAGGCGCGGGAGACUUGCCGCAAAUUUUCAGAGGAACACGUGCCGUUGCCAGCUGUGGUCCCGAUCUUAACGGCCCGCCCGACCGGAGCUGCUCCUACCAUCCUGGAAACUGCGUUGCAGCGGGCGAAUAACGCUGAAAAACAGCUUCUUUCGACGCGCUCCGAAAACGCUCAAUUGCGUGCUCAGAUACGUGCCGAGAAACUUCGUCUCGCAGUUUCGGGUCCAAACCCUCCGGCAGUUCACUUGACACUCCCGGUCGGAGACGAUGGUGACCCCUUUGCUUCACCUCGGUGCUCAGCUCAUGCGGGAGAUGCAGCGAAAGAGGCCGAUCGAGAGAUGAGCUUGAUCUCCCCGCUAGAGUCGAUAGAAACACUGCAGAACCAAAUCAAAGAACUGACCCUUCGAGUCGAGGCUGCUCGGGGACGGGAGAAGGAGGCCCUCGCGGCGAAGGACUUGUUGGUACAAGACCACCGGAGUCGCAUCGAUCGGCUGCUGGCCGACCACCAGGACAGGGUAGAGCGGAUGCGUGAAGGGUUUGAAACAGCUCAUCGUGCUUCCGCGUCAGUAGGUUUGGACAAACAGUUGCAGGACUCGAAGGUAGAGUGCCGGUUACUGCGUGAGCAAGUGCUUCAACUCCAGAAUCAAGUUCGGGACAGCGAUUCCGCUCGUGUGGUUGAUGUUGCCCAAUACCGGAAAGAAAGUACCGAGUUGAAGGAAACCCAAAUGCGGUUGGCAGGUAUUAGUAACGACCUUGAUGCUUCCAGAACCGCUUUGCGCGAAUUGGAGGGACAAUAUUCCCUUCUACAAAUUUCUACGGUCCCCAAAUCGGCGUUAGAGUUGUCGGAAGCUCGAAAAGAAAGAGCAGACGGAACCGUUUCCACCCUCACCGAUGAACUUCGGGAUUUGCGCAAACGGUUCGAACGAGUAAGUGCUGACAAUCAAGCUGCGACGUCCGCUCUCACCGCGCGGGUGCAAACGGCCGAGGACGAAGUUGUGGCUUUACAGGAACUACGGGAACAAAACGAAAAGUUGCAUCAAAGUGAACUCUCGAAAAGGGACGUUGCCUUGGCUGCCCUUCAAGCCGAGAAGGACAGCCUUCUGGAGAAGACUCGAAAUGAACUUUCACACCUCAAGAAACAGCUCAAACAGAGAGAGCGUGAUUUUUCCCGUGCUAGUCGCCCGGUUGGGAAUUCGCCUCCGACAACCGACGGUCUGCCGACCUUGUCCCCCCGACGUUCCCUGUCAGCAGGAGUUGUUUCGGCGGGUGUGGGUGGCGCUUCAUCGUUGGCGAGCCUCCCACCUGGACUGCCUAUGACCACGGCGACGGCUGUAACACCUCCACUUGCUGCUGCUUUGCCGCCGACUAUGCCGCCCGGUUCUUCAACGCCUGGGUUUGGAGCAACACGUCCGACAGCGCCAACGGGAGAUGAACCCCAACAGGGACAGCAUUGGAAGGGAGCCAGCGUGGGUCAGCAAUCCGAUUUCGUUGUCGAUCCCGCUUCGGGAUUUCAGUGGAACUUAGCUGCUUCUUCGGAUCUGCGGGAAGAAAACCCUGAUCUCCGUGCUCCUCCUUCUGGUCGAUUAUUUCCUCCGCCUCCGCCGCCGGCUCGGCAGCCCCCAGGUCUUGAGUGGGUUCCGCCACCACCACCGGUGGUCUCUGGACUUGAAGUUGAGCUCCAACGUGUCAAACGUGAAUUGGAAGAGGCCAAAAAGGACCGACAGUCGAUUGCUGAUUUGAAAACCCAAAUCGGGUCCGAACUCAAAGCGCACCUCGAGACUGCGAUCAAACCUCUGUAUAACGCAUCGGGACAGAAUUCCUCUGGAAAUGCGUUUCUGUUGGAAGUGCCGGCGAGCUCUUUGGUAACUGGCGGAUCGCAGGUGGCCGAAACACCAGUUAAGAGCCCCGGCGACCUACGACGGGAGAAACAUCUGGUUGAUAGCACCGUUGAGAGCCCUGAAUCGGCCCUCGAGACCCUCUGCCAACAAACCCGUGAUUCGUUGGCCGAGCUUCCACCUGGACAAGUCGCUUUGCCGUCGGAAGUUGUGGAGGCGCAGUGUUUGCGAGACAGCCUCAUGCCUUCUUCGGUUUCCCGCCCUUACCCGUGGUACAAAGGAAAAGGAAAGAAGCCGCAGUUUGGAGCGGAGACCAAACCUGAAACACGGAAGACACGCCGGAAAGAACGGGGUGCAAACUUGCGCCAGGCGUUCGGUGGGACGUGCGACGAUGUUGAAGAUGCCGCCCUUUCAAUGGAAGAUAGUGAGUCUUGUUGCUCAAGCUCCAGUGCUCUCACGCCGGGCUGGGCUUACACAGAUCCGUUUCCUGAAUACGAACGCCGUCUAGGUGUCCGCCUCGCCGAUGCUUCUGGAGGACUAAAGGGUGGUUGUGAUCCCGAACACUUGCAGCAAUAUACUCGAGCCAAAGACGAGUUACGUUACCUGCGUAAAAUCCGUUCGGACCUCGACCCUUCUGACACCCAGUGCUUUGCGGGAGGGGUUGAUGAGUGUGUCACCACGAAUGUUACCGCCCGCCGCGGGACCGCAAUCCCGGUAGCUUCCCCGGGUUCCAGUUACCAUACGUUGGUAGCUGCUCCUAAUGACCUAUCUUCCUUGCCUGCUGCCCCUCCGACGUUUGGGAUGAUUCGCCCGAAUACGCAAGGUCCGUGGGACUACCGUCGGAUGGCUUGUGUCGACUCGGACUUGCCUAGACGCUGGCCUGUCCGACAAAGUUUGGCAGCUUUACUGGGCGAAGCGUAUGCACAAUUAUUUGACGACGAUCUUGGUUUCAAGAGCGCCGGUAGCGGUGGUGUCUCGGUCCCUCCUUUCCGAGCCCAAGUUGUCAACCACACCCGCGAUAGUUGGGGACGACACCAGCAGUACAUGUCUGACUUGCGAGAACGCAUCCAACUCUACCGUUCGCAGAAAUUCCGAAGGGAAAUUUUGAACACGGGUUUGGAGCUCAAAUCCGAAGAAGCCCGACAAGCUCUUCGACGAGCUGACUCGGUCCAGAUGCGACAUGCAAACAAACUCGAACCGUUUUUGGUUUUCGAGACGGCUUUGGCCCUGAACUGUCAUAUCCAGUAUGACCAUUUGCUGAUGGAGAUUCAACAAGAAUUCUAUUUUGAAGUUGAUAAUACGGGUUUUGCGGCCCGGACGGCAAUGGGCGAAUGGGCUACCCACUACUACACAACGGAGGACAAACUGGACCGCUUUGGUUUCGGCAUCCGCGAUUACACAUAUGGAACGGACAUCUUCUUCGCCAGGUGUGCCACUUUCCAACCUAAUUACCUCAUCGGGUUGGUCGCGAAAACAGUGCAGCGGACGACGGACGAACUUCUAAACGAGCCUCUACCACGUGACUCGAGAGAUCGGCACGCCACGGAUCAACACGAUAAAGCUUUCGGCGUUAGUCUCCGGAAGUUAGUGAGAUACUGCAACCAGAACGCCCAAGUUACGCGUGUUAUGGGGCUGGACGUCCACUACGCCCCCGCUAACCGACGCGGCCGACAUCGAGGUUAUCAAGGUGGCGAUGAAGACCCUGGUGACUGCACCGACACAGUUUUUUGCGCACCUCUUUGUCCGUAUAAUAGUUUGAACCCACACGUGUAUGGACAUUGCGUUGUUCCGUUUGCACCCUCCGCACUGGCCUCAAUGCCCGUUGAAACCCUUGGUUCUUACGGUCCUGGUGGGUUCGGGUCCAUAGAUGGUAACGGUACACUUGCGCUGAUGAAUGGCCCAAGCGGGUUGCAUAACGAAAACACCUCGUACGACGCGCUUGACGUGGAAGAUGACCCCGCCGAAGAGUUUCUAUCUGUCACAGCGGAUUACAUGUUCGCAGAGGUCCUUGUUGCAAACGCCUGGACCGAAUACGCUGCCAAAGGAGGACCAAAAGGUGGGAAGAAAGGAAGUGGUAAACGCGGGCCCGGGAAAGGUAAGGGACCUCGCGAGAGCCCUAAAGGCGUCGGGAAAGGCAGUUCGGAAAACCGAGUCCGAGGUGACUCCCGGUCUCGAGGGCCAGUUGUUCGGUGUCAUUCAACCCUCCACUCGACCGCGGAUCACGAUGCGUCCGAUUUGAUUGGCGGCAUCGGAAAAGCAGCGGGCGUUGUGACGACCGUUACCCAGGACUGCGCUGAUUGCAAAAUUCAUCACAAACUUAUGUACAUCACGUUGGGGGAUGGAAGUGGGGGGCGGCGUUCCCUUUGCCCGACGGCGCUUCGGAAAGUGCGCGCCCGGGCCAACCCGGACCACAACGCGUCCAACCUCCUUUGCAACCGGAUCGCGCCUACUAGUUGUCCCGGAGAGUCUCUCGUAGUCCGAGCUGCCACAAUCGCGGCUGCUGGUGGGUCCAAAAAAUGGUUGGACGAGAGCCGAAACUCGGAAGUCAAGAAGAUUUUGCAGGAGUGCAAGCUGUACGACAUCGCCUUGAGCAUGGGUGCAAAAGCGCAUGCGUCCCCUAAUGUCGACGGCCUCAAAACGAUCUUGACCGAACAGUCUUCCGACACCUUUGCCGCUCUUUUGGAAAACGUUCUCGCUCUUGCUGAGUUGGACGGUGAUGACACUGAUCUUGACAACCUCGGAAGUCCGGAUUUGUUUUCACAAAGUCCUUCGACGGAAACCGGUUCGGAGAGUUUCAAACUUGGAGUUGUUCCGCCACCAAACUAUGUUCCUGUGAUGGCAGACCAACCUCGAGACCCGACCUUUGGGUUGAUGGGUCAUGGGAAUCUGGACCCGAUUGGGGCGUUUUUUGCUGGUAACCAGUUUUCGAUGUACACCCGCGGUUGUUGUGACUGUCGUUCGCAUCUGAUGCCGGCCAAUUCGGGAAACCUAAGGAAUGGGCAGGAGACUUCGAUGGAGUCUGUCUCGGUACAUCAACUCGCUUGUCGCUUGCGAGACGUCCCGAUGGAACAUAACGUACCGGUUGAUCCCGAAUCUCGGAAAGUUCAAACACAGGCCCUUCGAGCCGGUAAACCGUUACCGCAAAGCGCUUUCGUCCCUCCACCUCCUCCUAACGCGUGGAUCGACAGGGACACGCGAGUCUUCCCAGGAGUAGGGUCGUUCUCGGUGGCAAGAUCAGCCCAACAACCUCCGCGGGACCCAUCGGCGGGUUUUGACGACCGCGUGGAAGCUCUGGGCGACUCACAGCCGCUGUAUCGCAGCUUCAACUUCACCGACACUUAUACGGCUUUUACCGAGAUGUUGGCUGCCACCACCGAAUUCGUCGAUGUUGUUUCGGGGCAAGAAGCCGCUGACCCUCCUCCUGGAAAUGAACCGGCUACUGUUGAACCGGAAGGUGCCGACGACGUUCCGUUCGAACUGUGGUCCCGGGGAAUGGUGAAAGCGUUGGUCGCAGAACUGUGCUAUUGGAUGCAGACAUCUGACAGCUUUGAAUUCUUUGUUGCCACCUGCUGGGAUGCACGAUCUCGGUAUAUCACAGUUGGUCUGUUGUCCCAAGUUCGCCUCCGUUUCUUUGCCUCUCCUGCUUGGUUGGCCCAAAAUUAUUGGUUGCGGGUUUGCCAACAACUUCGGGGAACUUGCUUGGGACUUGCAUUAAACAAACCCGAUUUCUUAACUAGCCCAGCUGCAGAACCCGAACCACGGUUCCAGAUCGGUGAAUUUGACCGCCCGGCCGACCGGUUGCCUCUCACCUCUGGAUUGGAUUCCGAAGCCGAACAAAAGGGUUGCUGGGAAUUCUUGCGGGCAGCUGAUUGCCGUUUCAUGCCCCUUUCAUCGCUUCAUCCACCUUCUAGAUCGGGAUGUCUGCCUCGAGUUGCAUCGGAGGGUUCCGCAGUGAUACCGCCCGCCUCUCACCCGGCGACUUGGUGUGAGGACCUCGAUCUCGAUGCGCGAUCGCCUUUAAUGGUUCUGGCCAAUUGCUCUCGAAUCCGAAAGGGCGCGGAACACCUGUCAAUACAACAUCUCUUGCCCAUCGUUUCGAUCAAUGGGCCCGAGUCGAAUGACUCCGUUUGUUGCUGGUUGCAUAGCAAGUCACCCACGCCUCCAGCAGACAAUGUACAGGUUGUUGCUGUUUGGCGACUGGAUAACCGAACGUCCUGUUCCAAACGGCUUUGUGACAUCCUUAUCACCCGCAAAACAGAUCGCAUUAUUGUGAUCGCGGCAGUUGCGCAUUUCGGACAAGUCGAAACUCUGGUUACUCGAUUGCGCCGGGAAGAAAGUGACCACCGGAUUGUCCUGAUCCCGACUUCGAAACUUGAAUAUUUGUCUGCUACGUUGUGCUGGAAACAGAUCAUUAGGACCUUGUGGCCCCGAUAUCAGGUGGACUCGCAGAACAUGUUGGGAAUUGACCCUCCGUUGAUAAGCAAUACAACCUUUCCAAUGCCGACGCCCCUUUCUCCAAAUGCGUUCCGAACAGACGAGAGUUCUACUGGUUUGCUGCGCCGCGGGGUCCGCUACCAUUUGUUCACCAAUUCUCGAUCGUGGGCUUCUAGCCAAGCGCGAUCGCUGUUCCAACAAUAUGGAUACAUGAUUGACCGCCAAACGUUUUCGCAAACGUCGGCUGGUGGUUACUCGUUACACCGAGUUCAAGUAAAUGGCCGCUGGCCGCUCGUGAUUUGGGACUUGACAUUGUCUGCGGAACCCCGACAUCGCUCCUUUUGGGACUGCGCGCGUUCCCAGCAGUUGCGAACAGCACAUGAUUUGUGUGUUAUCGCCGACCCGUGCUCUCGGCUUGCAGCGCCAGAAUGGAGCCAACAGGGCAACUUGCUUCGUUGGGUACCGGAGUUAGAAUACCAAACGCUCGAGCAACAAGCGUUGUUUGUCAUGAGGGUUGAAAAAAGUUAUGCUACUAGUGGUUCAACAACAAUUGCGACCACUGCGGUGGCUCCGAAUGCUGAGCCAACGGCUGAAAUUGUCGAUUUCGGUGAACUGUCUCCUGUAACUGACGUGGAUGAAAGUGGCCUUUCGCAAAAUUCCGAGUUAUUGCGCCUUCGUAGCGGUGACUUAAAGACCGAGAAUUCCUGUGCUCAAACCUGCUGCGCACAGAGCGCAUUGCGAGAAGUUAAAUGCCUCCCUGAGGUCGAAACGACAGCCCAUCCUCCUGUAGACGAUCACCUGGUUUCACCGUUUCAAGAUAUCUUUGCGAAACUCUCUCGACCUGCACACCUACCGCCACGGCGUUCCGAGGGUGGACACCAAGGAUCUCAACAACCUAUGGUCCGAUGCCAGCACUUGCCCGAGGACCGGUCGUCGAGCGAGACGAACCGAGAAGAGGAACUAUACUACACACCACGUGAACGUGGCGUCCGACUGUCGUACGACACAUCGUACAUCUUGGUUACUAAUUGUGCGGCGGUCGCGUCCCAAGUUGACGUCCUCGAAGAUGCCGGUUACACCGUCGAGGAAGUUUUCCGACAACGGCGCCGAGACGUCUAUCAGCUGGACGAGGUGGGCCCGCAGAUUCGCACGUCCACCCGUAGUCGUCCAGAUCGCCCAACGAAGAUUUUGGUGGUCUGGUCGUUCGAUAACCAAAUACCGAACUCGUUCGUCUUCGACGCUGCGUUUGAGCUACUCAGAUACGAACACGAUCUCGUUCUCGUUGCCCCUGAAAACCAACUGUCCCUGAAUCGUUGGUUUGAGCAAACAUCCGAUGCGCUGGAAGUUUCCGUCGUGCUUCCGCCCCCGGGUGGAGAUGCGCCGAGCCGCGGUCGACAUGUGUGGAGGUCUGUCUUGGAACAGUGCGGCACCCACCUGAAAUAUUGGCCUGAAGCCUCUGCACUGCGCCUCCCGAUCUCUGUCCUUGAGUCCGUGCAACGUUAUGCCUUGCCACUUGGCCCACCGAUAAAUGGAGCCACAGUGUUGAAAGGAAGUUUGUUCCGACGAAAGCAGGUUCGAGCGGAUUACCAAGUGGACGUGGUUUCUUCGGAAGGUGUUGUGCUGUUGCGCGUGCAAGGCGGAAUCAACGAGAUUGAACUGCGAUAUGCUUUUCCGACCUUGGAUCCGACGGUCCUGGCGACAGUUACUUCGGAACCAGUUGACACAACCCAAGUAGUUGAUGCGAGGGAUGCAUAUGUGGAUUGUGCAUACCGCGCGGCUCACUACCGCUCGCCUGAAACCCGCAAAGCUGCGUACCGAACCCGGCGUGCUUUGUGCCGUCACCCUUGGCGACACCCGCUCCCAGAAGCAGAUCCAUGCUACUUUCUGUGUUGGGUGUGCCUUACCUGGUCUGCUGUUUGUUGGAUUUUCACCGCUUUAAUCGAGUGUAACGCAAUCGGCUUCGCCAAUGCAUUUGGCGCCCUCUGCAUUUCGGCCUGGUUGUACUGGCACCCAAAGGACGCGGAACGAAGUGCGGGAUGCGGUCUCGCGGUGAAUUUGACAUAUCGCAUUGGCUCCGGCUGUGACGAGCUCCGAACGAAACUUGGAUUCCAGCGACAGACGCAACUUGCACAAGAUGCCACGGGUAAAACCGGUGAAUAUUCUGUCGAUCCUCUCGGUAACCGUGUUUGGGUAGGAAUUCCUUACGGGAAAAAUGGCGACGUUGUUGUUACACUGAUGCUCCUGGAUACUGGCUGCUUUGUAUCCCUAUAUCUACUGGGGCACACACUUGCGAACGCAUAUUUCCUAGCAGCGUAUGGCAUUGGUUUCCUCACGAUGCAAGGAGUGACAGAACUUGUCAACUUAGGCGCACCGACAGGACCUCUAAAAGAAGUGCUCCGAUAUGCUCACCUUGACCUGCAUUUUGCGGGUUGGCUCAAGAACGUAAAGGGCGCCUACGAAUGGUGGCGCAUCGGGCCGGGCGAACCUCGGAACGUUGUCCCUAUCGGGCCUGCACCUGGAGCAGGAAGGUCUCUAGUCGGGAACUGGACGUUCCAAACGUUAAACCGUACUGGAAACCCUAUCUGCACACCUCCUAAGAAAUGGGAAUAUUUGGGACGUGGGAUGGGAGCAAUGGCCGUGUCAUGGCUGUAUCCAAGUGACAGCCUCAUCGGAGGGCAUCAGUUGAUGAUGCGGCUCGGGUAUCAGAUGCCGUUUGCAGGUGCACCCGGCGACUCGAUCGGGUGCUACGUUUUUCAACGGAUUUUCCACGAGGCCUCGAAAACAUUGGUCUCCAAUUUCUUUGUACCGCGGGCGCCAGCGGGAGCAAAAAAUCACGAUUAUUUCCAACAGUUUUGUGAAAAGCGUAAGUUGAACGUGAAGGAUAAGAACCAUAAGAAACUUGCAGUCGCAGAACUCGAAAAAUGUGGUACCCCUGUCGAUGCGCCCCAACAAGUUCGCGCCUUGUACACUGUUAUGCAAGGAGACGAAAGGGAAGUCGAUAUAGAGACCAGUAGUCCCGAAACGUGUCCUCCGACGCCGGAAACGAGAGCGGCCAACAAUGGCUGCACGAGCGUCAUUGUCCAACCAAAAACGACAACUCAAGAUGCAACUACCUCAACGAGUAGUGCAACCAGAGUAACGUUUGGAGACACUUUGUUUGAACAAUAUGACCCGGAGUUGCUCCCACAAGUCCCGCCAACUGUUUUUUCGAACUAUUCCGCCGCCGAGUUGCCGCCCAUCGAUACAACCGCACUUUCCCGAAUCGAAGGCACCUCCUUCUCUUCAUUCUGCUCCCACGGUGCUAUGGCGUAUUCCGCGGUGCUAGUAGAUGAGGAUGGUGAAGCCACGUCUGCUGCUUGCUCCACGCCAGCUUAUGCUUCAGCCGUCACAGCCGAUUUUUCAGAACCGGACGUCGAGGCCACGAACAUGGAUGAUCUUCUGUAUUCGGACGAUGAGGAUUCCGGUAAAGAAUACGACGAGUACCGUGCGUCGCUCGCAGAAGACUCGCAGCCCGGCGUCGACGACGCACUUGGGAACAAACUACACCCACAACAGCGAAUGGCUGCGUUCAAGUGGGUGCAAGACCCCGAUCACACCCUCCGUUUCCGCAACAGAUGGCAACCGCACCUCUUGCGGGGAAGUGGCUGUGGAUUGAUCGUUUUGAUUUUCCUGUUGCUGUUCUCACUUGCCCAGGGGUUGGUGCACGAGAUCCGCAAGCCGGUUUCAAACUCCGCGCAACCGACGAAUCAAGGCGAAAAAACCACAACACCGAGUGUUCCAGUAUGGAACGAUGAAACUUGUUCUGAUGCGCAUUUGGCCGCACAAAUGCUCCGCGACGAUAAGACCGAAGGAGCGGACCAACUAGAUAACGCAAAAGGAUAAUUCCAAUGGUUGCUGUCACAACGUUUGUAUCGGUACAUGACCUGGGUUUUCGCGCAUCGCGUAGCACAACCGUUGAGGAUGUUCCUAGGCUGGUGCCCUGCACCUCAGAUUUUCUGUGCGGGAACCCAAACCUUUUUCGGACGACUCCGCGAACCUGGACUUACACAACAGGAUACAGAAACCCUGUUCGCGAAUUGCUCGGACGAAACGCUGGAUGAUACCGACGCGCGGAACCGUCUUGAAACCGCUGUCAAAGAGUUGGCCGAGGGUCCUCGCAGCUCCGGGUUUAGUGUGUUCCAACAAGGGGAUGCCCUCUUGGCAGGCGAGGCAGGGUCGACAACCCGACAACACCGACAUGUUGCUGCUUCCCACGACCACGUCCCAGACCUCCAACCAAGCCUUUCCGAUGAUGACUCAGAAUACGAAGCUUCCUCAAACCCAGUCCGAAUCAAUGGGCACAUUCCGGUGACCCCGCUCCUCGAAUUCCGUGAUGACCGUGGAAUAGAUUCAGACUCGACAGUCGAAUCAGCUGAAGAAACCGAAGCGGAAGUGCGACCAUCAAUGUGGGCACAAAGAUUGUUGAACUGCCUUAAACCUCAGGUUCCGGCGCAACAGUUUUUCCGACAAGACCCGCACCUCCCACGUCGGGCUGACCAGAGGAAAACAGCAGAGGAGAAGAUCCGGUUCUUGGAAAUGCACGUUCGUGGACGUGAGUUCUUGAUUCCGUAUGUAGACGAUUUGAGUUUUGUUUUCAUGUUUGGGCUCCAGCUCCUUUACCGUUUGGCGAUCACAUUAGUGCGCAGCAUCCAGACCGGUUGCGUUUUCUCGUUGAAAAAGGUCAUUAUUGCCCAGAUCGUCGAUGCUUUAGGAUGGAGAAUCGACAUCCCUCGCCGUUGCCGGAUCGUCGACCCUUCGAAGGCUGCCGCAAUCCGGGCGUACAAGUGGGAGGCAGUUUCUUCUAGUGUUAAAUGCCUCACCCAGUUCUUGGCGAUCGCGUCUUAUUUGAGAGAUGCGUUCUAACACUUCGAUACGGACUAUUUGGCAUCGUUCCAAGAACCUAAGAAACACAAAUUGAUGGCAAAGGACGAGAAAGCAAAAGCGGCAUUUGAAAAACUGAAGGACUCGCUCUCAUCAACAGUGGAACAUUCGGAAAUUGAUUUGGUGGGUGCACGAGGUUGGCAUGCCGCCCCAGCUGGACAAUGUGGGCUUUUGCGUGUUUCCAUCGAUGCUUCCCUAACGAGAGUUGCGUGCUUCGUGGUCCAGCUACAACUCAUCGCCGGAGUUUGGACGAAUCGACUUGUACUAGCAGCUUCAAAAAAAUUCUCGAAGGACCAGAAACGGCGAAUCGGUGCUCACUCGCUGCACGCCGAAGUACUCGCAUUGCUUUUCUGGGUGCGGAUCGUCAGACCUAAGUUGCCUCAGGUCGCAUACAUACUUCAUUUCGAUAAUAGUGUGUUGUCGUUAAGCCAACUCUGGUCUGUGUGCUCAAAUGGGACCAUUAUGCGCUCGUUGCUGGCUGCAGUCACCGAGAUCUUGACAGGGCUUUCACAGGACGAAUGCUAUCUCGCAAACGUACUGCGGGACGCGAACAUCGCCGACAAAGGGACUCACCAGGAACCGCUCAAAGAAGAAAUACGACGCGAAAAAUUCCAAGACCUUAUUGAUUUGGUGAAGCAGUUAUAUGGACAUGGGAAAAUCGCACCACAACCUGCAAAGACGGUCAAAGAAGAGGCGGUCUCGACAUUCCGGCGGUAUUCUGUGUGCUCCGUGGCUCCGAAUGCCACCCAUACACCGGUUGAUCAUGGUUUGAAAGGUCUCCUUACGGCCUGCCAGCUUUGCUCAACACACACAAUCCGUAAGUCGGUUUUGCAGCCUAAUCUCGCAACCCGGCAUCUGCUUUGCAUCCGAGAGAUUGGCCAAUACUUACCGGCGCAAAGAGUCUCCGUGCAGAUCGCGUUCGCCUCAACGAUCACCGAAGUCACUUGCUCUCCUCCACUGACCGUCCUCUCAAUUGAGGAAAUCGAGCAAGGAGUCGAGUUUGUCGUGACCGCGUUGGGUAAUCGACCCGUGUCGGUCACACCAAAAAUCCUUGUGACAGACCUCACAACCGGGAAACGACUGCAACCGCGGUUCCUCGUAUUUGUGCAGCUUGAGAAUUACGACGCCCACGAAACCGCAGAGACACCAUCCCCGACAGAAGAUGUCUCGCUGGCGUCGUUCAGGCAUUUGCAGCCCGAAGUGCAGCUGAACGUCCGCGAAUUUCGGUCCAAGAUUACACAAAAUGCGACUGACGAAGAGAUAAUCCAACGGAUGAAAGAACGAUUGGACAAAGCCCGCAACCGUCGGACCGCCGACUCCUUUAAGGAGUGGCACGAUCGAACAGCAAAAAUUCUAUUGCAGAAAUUCGAAAAGACGUUGCCUGUUUUUUUACGAUUGAUGGUGGUUAAAGUCUGCCUUGUGCUUGGAGAGGCCCUAUGGGCAGAGGGACAAGAAUUCCCCACCAUCACGAUUGCACGAGCAUACCACCCCCCGAAGCCUCAAUACACUUCGUGGGGCAAAUUCAGGAAAAUACAACUAGAAGGCAUUCUUGGCCGCAUCCUUCAGAUCCACUUACUGGAGAUGCUCCUCGAGGGUUUGUUGACCGAUCAUGUCUCGUUCAUACAUGGAGUCCCGAUCCACAUUUCCGCCAUGUUCCUAGCAGUCCGACAAGGAGAUCCACUUGGGCGAUUAAUUUGCGAAGCAGUAGAACUAAAUCGCGGCUUUAUGCCAGCGGUGUUGCCGUUAUUCUCGUGCGCCGAUGUCUGGAGAGAAAUGUUGCAGGGGCUGACGAAGGUCACAGCAAGUGGAUAUAACAAAUUGAAAAAUUCAGAGAGGACGUCGCAAUGUUUGACAACGAUAACACCACUUUCAGCACAAAACUUCGAAGAACGAAAGACGGCUGCACCGCGCGAAAAGCCUACCGUUCCCGUGACAUUCCCGCUAAAAAAACCCUUGUCCUUGUACGUAGGUCGGGUUGGAACGGAAGGACAGGACAGUAUCGCAUUGUCGAUUCGUCCAAAAUACCCUUUCCCACCGGAAGGGCGACGUGACCUGCGGUUUCGGGGGGUGUCGGACGAGAACAGCCCUUACAAACGAUUCAAAAGAAUUGCUUCAUCGUUGUUCCCAACCGCACAACACCCACCACGACCGACAGAAUAUGUUGUGUACGAUAUGGUCCAGGGAGCUGAAACACAAGCGCAGUGGGAAGCGCUUGCCAGCCGGAGAGGUGGAUAUAGAGUCUCGCUCAUGCCUGCUGGGACCCGGUGUUUUGCGGGGUUACCGUAUGCGGGAUUUGAAUGUGCAAGUUGUACCUUGACACAAAUCGAUGGCAACGCCCAUUACUACAUUUGCGGGCGGACUAUCGACGAAGAAGACAUUCGACGAGGUGUCGGAGUGCCAGACGCGGGUCGACCACGCGAAACUGUUCCCCGACCGCCGCCAAUACAGAUCGGCGCCGCACCUGAUGAGCCCGAACAACAUGGCCCACCACCUCAGGUCGAAACACCGGCGGUCGACUUACCGGCAGACACCCAUACAACGACAACAGAUCCAACAAGUGGACGUCGGAAGCGUGUUGCGGAUAUCGCGGCCACGAUAUGGCAAGAUGCACCUGACCAAUGUGGUGGCACCCAUAACCACGACUCCGUUGAAGCGUGGGCAUGGAUAAAAUUAUAUAAGACCGCGUUCCCAGAAACACGACUACAAACGGUGACGGCUGUACAGGUCCACGACCACCGGGACCAGCAAGAGGAUUUCAGGCAAGACAUUAUCUAUGCAGAGGUCCCUGAUUCCUCCGUUCGCGUCGCGGUGCUAAAGGAUGCGAAAGUGCUGUACUUUGGGUGUAUUAUUCCCGGAUGUGUGAAAAUCGUUGGCCGCGGUAUCGAAAUUCAGACACCGUGCAUGGUUGCAUUUUACCAACAUAGACCCUCCUACACACUGACGCUUCCGGGAGAUCUACUUCAAGCGAUUACACAAGGCUCGCGAAAAGAGCUUGCGCAUCUGUUCGACAUCGAAGAUGCUCUUUCUCGCGGACUCACCGAAGAGAAAUUAACGUCGGCAUUGCGACGAGCGAGACAAGCACGAAAUGAAAAAACGAAUGACAGAUUGUUGCGACAACUUAUUGCUGACGCGCGGCGGUUUGCGAUUGAUGGCGGAUUAGUCUACGUUCAUCGCGCGCGACGCGGAUGGUUCCUUUGGCUUCCACGAACAGUCGUCCCACAAUGCCUCGGAGCAUCAGAUGUCAGCGUCUUGCGACAGGUGCUUGAUUUUGUACAUACGUCCCGUUUCCACGAGGGACCACUUGGCUUGGCACUGUUACUUGGACAACGCCGAUUAUUUCAUGACGAUGUCCUCAAAGUCGCGAGGGAACUCGUCGAAUAUUGCCUUGAGUGUUUGUACACGUCGUCGCACAAACCUGCACCGGGCGUGCCCCGCGGCGACCACACCACAGUUGGAUUUCCAGGGACUACCUUGUUCAUAGAUUACAUGACGCACUUGCCGCGAAGUUCCGCAGGAAACACGUGCAUUUUCACAGCUGUCGACGCCGCGUCACCGGUGAUGUGGGCCACAGCGCUCCCAGAGGCUACGGCCGAAGCCGCGGCUCAGGAGGUAUUCAGAAUUAACAAAUACGCUGAAUUUGGGGGAUAUACCGAAAUCCGGUGCGACAACGGAUCACAUUUCUUACAAGAAUUCGAAAAACAACUGCGUCGCCUCCACCUUUCUGAACUAUCAAUCGAACCUCCUCAAAUCGCAUACGGUGCCGCUUACCAACCCGAAGCGCAAGAAGUCGUCGAAGCACCACAUGCGGAGGUUAACAAAGGUGUUCGCAUUAACUUGAUUUCCGUCGAUUGCUUUGUCCGGGCCGAAGAAGACGACGGAUUUUCAGCAUGGCAGUUCGAUGAAGAACGAGCAGUAACAGAUUUGCAAAACGAUUCCUCAUGGGACACACGACUGAACGCUGUUGUUCGCCACAUCAUUGACCGACCACGAUUAACAGGAGAUGCUAGUCACAUUGUCGGCUACAGAGGUCGAGGACUCCGCACAGGAUUGCACGAACCACACCUCAUUUGCGAAACCGUUCCACAGGCAACAGCAUCUGAGAAGGGGGCAGAAUUUUCGUUGAAUAUUUCGUUGGCAACUGCGACAAGAGCGGCACAUAGAGAAGCCUCCAACUUGAAGAAACGCAAAACCCGCAUGGCCGAACCCCGCAAUGACCUUUCUAUGUGGUUAGGCCGCGGGCAGUUUAUCGCACGAUUACGUCCUGCACCCCGGAAAUGGGAAUCUAGAUACAUCAGACAAAUUUUUGCCAUCACGAGAGGUUGUGCGCGGUCAGCAUAUAUUCAACGACUCGACGGUCGACCGUACCGGGGCUUGAACCCCAUUACAGCGUCACAAUUGAUUCCGUUGCGACUCACACUAUCAUGCGUCCGAGCGUACUUGCGCGGUUCGGGGUGUUCACAAGAAGAAAUACAAAAACGCCUCUAUGAACUCCAAAAUCUCGGAGCAAUAUACGAAUCGGAACUCGAGCUGAUUGGCGAGCAGGUUACGUUAUCGGACCAUGUACGAUUCGCAGAGAUCGAAUACAAACGUCACAACAAUUUGCUGAUCGCCGUCUGGAACAUCGAUGGGCUCAACAGAACACUCGAAUCGUUCCCACGAUGGAGACGAUUGUAUUUGCUGUUGCGCACGGCAGAUAUAAUAUUAUUACUCGAAACAAAAAUCGCGACAAGAGACGAAGACCGGUGGACCAACACAUUACGAGAGAUCGUAAAUGACGCUGCACCAAAUGACUGGCAGAUCAAGUUUGCCAGCGCAUUAUUACGACCGGGGAACUUCGGGGUCGCAGCUCUUGCACGAGCUUCAGCAAAAGGAACGAUAAAGACCGAGUUGCUGCAACCGACCGGAACCCAUGAAUUUUGCGCGUCAAUGGAAGGGCGGAUAAUAAGCGUACAAACACCCCACGUUCUAGCAGUAGGUGUGUACUCCGUGAACAGCCGCCCUGGACUCAGACGACUGGUGACCCGGAAAAUCUUCGACAGGAACCUCGCGCAGUUACUAAACGGAUUACGCGAUGAUAUCGGUCGAGAAACCCCGAUUGUCGUGGCUGGCGACUUCAAUGCACUACAUAGUUUGAAUCGAGAAGGAAUCUCGGAAAAUGCUCCCCGGGUAGAUGAAGAAGGAGCUCUUAUCCCGUCGCUCACGCAAGAAGAAAAUGAGUUGUUCAACGAAAUGCUCGAAGAAACCAAAUUCGAACGAAUACCAAUCACCGUUUCAGAUAAAGCAAACACGUACACGCUUACGCCACCGCGAACGGACCCAUCGAUUGGAUUUACAUUGGACCACGUGUUAGCUUUCGGAAACGUGAAGCCAGGAAAGCCACUCACGCAGAUAUAUCGUUUCAUGCAGGACUCCCAAUGGGAAACAAGCGAAACACCCAAAUUUCCUGUUGGAUUACUAGCACCUCUCCAUGGCGACCACGGUAGUCUAGUUGCCUCCAUCGCAACAGAUUAACCGCACCACCUUAGAUUAUGCCGAAGAGGCGUUGGUCGAUUAUAUGUGAACUGGUAGACGACAUACUCUAAGGUGGUGAUUGGAAGGUGGUAGUCAAAGCUAGACAGGAUCCAGAUAUCGGUCGAAAAGAAGAAAAGCAAAUCAAAACACGAAUCGAAGAUCCGAACAAAAGACGUGCGAAGAAAGUCGACUUCAAACGUGGAAAAUUCAAUGCGUGCAAUGAUCGAAAUCGUGAUCGAAGUCGACCUUGAGUCUGAAACUUGCUGUUUGAUGAUGAAGUAGAAAGUUGAAGUUGUUGAACGAAAGGUUGUGUAUGAAGUUGUUGAACAUUUCACUUGGAGAAACAUAGAUCGAAAGUAAAAGAGCCUCAACAAAUCCUCACACAACCCAGCCAAACUUAGGAUUGUAAAUCACUUGGUAAGCCCGUCGGCCUAGGUGUAUAUCAUAUGAAUUGUUAAUUGAUCUCCGAUAUUGAAACAUAACAUCCUUUGCAAACAUAGUUAUAUCCAAAACUAGAACCACAUAUAGUUGAACACCGUCCAACCAUAAGAUAAGAACUAAACAAGAUAGUUAGAACGUAACUAGUCCGUAGUGAUCAUUUGAAACAUACCUUGUUUGUACUAUUGUUGCUGACGCCUCCGCGCAGCUGUAAGCGUAACUGUUGACGCCUUCGCGCAGCAAAGGGUUAGUCACUGACGCCUCCGCGCAGUGUUGUUAGUAGUAGUUCGAACCACGAAGAACAGUUACAUAGUUGAGCCCAGACCUUCGUCGGGACUUAAACACGACACACCAAAGUGACGUUUUGGAAAGACAUAAACGAACCACAAAGACUUUGAGUUGUUUAAGGUUAGGCCUCCGCCAACCCUUUUCCACACCGUGUGUUACAAGUAGGUUAGACCUUCGUCAACCGAACAAAUCAAAGUUGUAGUUGUUGAGUCCAAAGGAGUGGCUACCAACGAUAGUGCAGGUCCUCGAGACUCGGUGUUCUGUAUCUAGCUUCCCGCCUUCCAAGAUCCCGAGCAGAGUAUCGCUCAGCCACUUUUACUUAACCAUGACGUAUACUAGCUUGUUUGAAGCAACGCUGUUAUCUUGUGGUUAUCGCUACGACAAUUGAAACGAAGUUGAACAUUCAGGACUUGCACCGACCACCUCUUUGUGUCUUCAAAGAUGCAGUUGCUCAUCACCACAAUUUUCUAUCUUGCGCUUUUCAGUUUUGUGAAAUAAUGGUUCUUGGAUUGCUCCUUGGCGUAGACUGAUUUGAUAUGCCCAAAGCGCGGUCGUAUUCAGUAGUUUUUUCCACGCUAGGUCUGCAGUGGUGGAUCAUGCUCUUCACGGCUUAGUACGUUACUAUAUGCUCAUCGGGUUAUCCCUUUGGGUCUGGUCUCAAAGCUGAUUCGGCAGGUCAGAUUGGAGACAUAUGACAUGACAUUCGCUGUGAAUGUUUUAGGACUCUCAAUGAGGCAUCACGUUCAAAGAAAGAAUGGCCCUAUUUCUUUUGUUUCUUGAAUUGUGUUUCGAUAAGUGAAAUAUGAGACCUGCUCAUAUGUUUAUUCUUGUUUCUAAGUUCCCCUUUUAUUGGGACCGUGUUGGACACGAUAGAUGAAAUAAAAUCUUCACCGCAUCAAAAGAUUAUCGAUAUCUUUCAAUAUAAGUCUUAUGUCAUAAGAUCGUUUCGUUGUGGCUGUGGCACCACCACGAGCAUAAUUUAGGAAGAAAGUGAACAACUGCAUGUUGUGAGAACAUCAGAGGACAUUGAUUUUUUGGCGCGCUUCAAAGAACAAGGAACAGGAAGAGUUGUAUAAUAUAUAGUAUUUUAUUGCGUGGGAGGUUUGAAGAUGCAAUCUUGGGCUGACUACAACGUCGCUCAUUCCUGCCAUCCCGGACGCACCUAGCGGGAGAACAGGGUGACGUUUGUUUCCCUUCUUGCGUGACUUGGUUUAGCUGCUUGUCUACUGUUGUAAGCUGGUUGCAGGUACUAGAUUGCGAUCAACAUGGAAAGGACUGUGCGUUUUUUCAUCGACAGGAAGAUAACGACAAGGAUUGAUGGGCCAGGUGAAUGCAAGGUGAAGGUGGAGUUCCA